AUGACCUCCACCGGGCCUCUAUAUCUCGGCUUCGAUCUAUCCACCCAACAAUUGAAAGGGUUGGUAGUCGACUCAAGCCUGAAAAAGAUCCAUGAAGCCAAGUUCGACUUUGACGCCGAUUCCAAGGGUUUCAACGUGAACAAGGGUGUUCUUGUGAAUGAAGCCGAACAUGAGGUUUUUGCACCAGUGGCAAUGUGGCUACAAGCCAUCGAUACGCUUUUGGGUCGUCUGAAGGACGACGGCCUCGAUUUUGGUCGUGUCAAGGGGAUUUGCGGGUCAGGCAUGCAGCACGGGAGUGUCUUCUGGAACGCAGAUGCGGAGCAACUGCUUUCUCAGCUCGACCCUUCAAAAACACUAGAGUCGCAGCUCGAUGGUGCGUUCGCACAUCCGUUCAGUCCCAACUGGCAGGAUGCAAGCACCCAGAAGGAAUGUGACGAGUUUGACGCCAUCCUGGGCAAUGAAUCGCAACUAGCAAAUGUAACAGGCAGCAAAGCACACCAUCGCUUCACUGGCCCGCAAAUCCUGCGAUUCCAACGUAAAUACCCAGAUAAAUACAUCAAGACAUACCGAAUCACCCUUGUCUCGUCUUGGAUUGCUACCGUCUUCCUCGGAAAGUAUGCGCCGUUUGACAUCUCGGAUGUCUGCGGCAUGAAUCUCUGGGAUAUCAAAGCCGGCAAUUGGAAUGAGAAAUUGUUGGAGCUCGCUGCAGGACCCUCUGGGGUAGACGCGUUGAAGAAGAAACUGGGCUAUGUGCCUGAAGACGGCGGCAUCCAUCUGGGCACCAUUUCUCCCUACUUUAUCAAGCGUCAUGGCUUUUCGAAUGAAUGCACUAUCAUCGCCUCGACUGGGGAUAACCCUUCCACGAUUCUCGCAUUGCCGCUGCGCAACAACGACGCUAUGGUCAGCUUGGGCACGAGCACCACCUUCUUGAUGUCCACUACCGAGUAUAAGCCGGAUCCGAGCACCCAUUUCUUCAACCACCCGACGACACCGGGAUUAUAUAUGUUUAUGUUGUGCUAUAAGAAUGGCGGGCUAGCAAGGGAGAAGGUCCGCGACGCCAUCAACGAGAAGCUAGGGGUUAAGGAGAAAAAUUCGUGGACAGAGUUUGACAAGUACUUGCUUGACACGCCGCCCCUUGCACAAUCCGACGAGAAAGACCCAGCACAUUUAGGUCUUUACUUCCCUCGUCCUGAAAUUAUCCCUAACCUCCCGGUUGGAGAGUGGCAUUUCUCCUACAACCCUCAAACUGACGAGCUCAACCCCGAGAAAUCCGUCCCACAGCCCCCAGAACAAGACGCUCGGGUCAUUGUGGAGAGCCAAUUCCUCUCCCUCCGUCUCCGCUCAAGGGAACUGGUGUCAAGCCCUGCACAGGACAUGCCACCCCAGCCACGCCGGAUUUACCUAGUGGGCGGCGGCUCACGCAACAAGGCCAUCGCCCGUGUGGCAGGUGAAGUCCUGGGUGGGUCCGAGGGCGUGUUCAAGCUCGACGUUGGUGAGAAUGCCUGUGCUCUGGGCGCUGCGUACAAGGCCGUGUGGGCGGUCGAACGACAACAAGGGGAGACGUUUGAGGAGUUGAUUGGGAAGAGAUGGCGGGAGGACGAGUUUGUCGAGAAGAUUGCGGACGGGUAUGAUGAGAAGGUGUGGGGGAGGUAUGGUAACGCGCUCAAGGGGUUUGAGGAGAUGGAGACCAGGUUGUUGAGAGAGCAUGAGAGGAAGUGA